AUGGGCUAUGCCAAUGGUUGGGUGACGAAAAUUAUGGAGUGCGUUCGAUCGGUUCAUUACGUGGUCAAGUGCAACUCUACUCUCUCUGAAGUCAUAGAACCGGAAAGAGGCCUUAGACAGGGGGAUCCUCUCUCUCCUCAUCUCUUUUUAUUUUGUAUGGAAGCUUUUUCAAAAUUGUUAAUUAGAGUUCAGAAUAAUAAUUUGAUUAAAGGUAUUCGGGCUGGUAGGAACGGUCCUCGUAUUAAUCACCUUUUUUUUGCCGAUGAUGAUCUUCUUUUUGUUCGCCAUAGAAAAUGUGAUGUAAAGAAGGUUGUUAAUAUUUUGGAGUAUUUUUGUAAGGUGUCAGGCCAAGAGGUUAAUAAAGAUAAAUCUAUGAUUAUGUUCAGCCCUAAAACUCCGAUGGAUCGUAGGCACCUGUUUAGCUCCAUGCUUGGCAUGCGUAUGGUUGAUAAAUUAGAUGCUUACCUAGGGUUGCCUUUACCUGUCAGUAGGAAAAAAUCGAGUGCAUUUACUAACAUUGUUAAUCGUUGUACAUGCAGAGCCAAGAGUUGGUCAAAACACUUGCUUUCUUACGGAGGGAAAGAGGUCUUCAUCAAGGCCAUAAUGCAAGCAAUCCCGACUUAUGCGUUCUCGGUUUUCUUGGCUCUUAAGGGCAUUAUUGAGGAAAUCCAAUCACAAAUGAGCCGUAUGUGGUGGAACAAUAAUAACAAAGCUCGGGGCUGGGCUAUGGCUUGGGAUAAAAUGUGCUAUCCUAAGGGUAUGAGAGGUGAUAAACCCUCCUUCACUUGGACUAGCAUUGCUAAGGCAGUGGAUGCCCUCAAGGAUGGUUUUCUAUGGCAAGUGGGUGAUGGCAACAGGAUUGACAUUAGGAAGGACCAUUGGGGGGUUGAUGGAAUUCGAGGAGAUUCAGUGUGUCGGUCUUAUUUCAAUCAUGACGAGAGGCUGGUCAAAGAUUUGUGGGUCCCGAAUAACAAGCGGUGGAAUAGGGAAAGGGGGGUCCAAAAUAUCUGUCCUAGAUGCAAAGUCAGAGAAGAGACGCUUAUUCAUGCCAUAAAAGACUGUCAAAAGGCUCGUGAAAUUUUAGUGACCGGCGGUUUAAACAACAGAUUGCUUGAAGGGGUGUAUAACACUUGUAUCGACUGGUUGGAGGACGUUUUUCGUGUGCUGGAUAAAAAGGUUGCUGUUGAUUUCUUAACGUUGCUUUGGAAUAGCUGGAAUGAUAGAAACAACAUGGUUUUCAAUGGUACGAUGGAUGCAGCGGUCACGAUAUGGGAGAGGGCGCAAACAUUAAGUCAAGAUUUUUGGAUUUUUAACUUAUCCGAGCCUGCACUUAUCCCUCCAAUCCCAAUAAAAAUGGCCUGGAAAACCCCUCCGGCUGGCUACAUUAAAGUGAACGUGGAUGCGGCUGUUUCGAAUGGGUGCAGUGGGUUUGGUGCUGUAGCGAGAGAUGACGAUGGUUUUGUCUUGGGGGGAUGUAACAAGUUCAGGAAUGAAGAACUGGAGGCUAGCUGGGUUGAGCUGGAGGCGCUAACUGUUGGUAUUAAGUUGGUAAAAAAAUUGAAAGCGAAUCAGAUCAUAUUGGAAUCCUACAGCGCAACUUUGGUCAACAAGGUCAACAAGUGGGCGCAGGACAUUACCAUUCUGGGCCAGCGUAUCCGGGAUAUACUGGAUGCAACCAAACUGUCGUAG